GAGAAAAUGCCUGGAAUUCCGUUUCCGCUUUAGGGAGUGGACGCAGAUUUUGGACUUUUUUUUGUAACUUUAAUUUCCACGUCCACUCGGACAGUUCUCCGCUAACUGUCCCGGAUUAAAACGACACUCCGACGAUGGCUUCUUCGCCUCAGAAGUCCCCGUCCUCCCCCAAGUCCCCGACGCCUAAAUCUCCGUCCUCCAGGAAGAAAGACGACUCUUUCCUGGGAAAACUUGGUGGAACUUUGGCGAGAAGGAAAAAGGCGAAAGAAGUGUCGGAGCUUCAGGAGGAGGGAAUAAACGCCAUCAACCUUCCUCUCAGCCCUUCACACUAUGAGCUGGACCCUGAGGACACCAUGCUGGAGGAGAACGAAGUGCGAACCAUGGUCGACCCCAACUCCAAGAACGACCGAAAGCUGCAGGAGCUCAUGAAGGUGCUGAUUGACUGGAUAAACGACGUCCUGGUGGGUGAGAGGAUCAUCGUCAAGGAUCUGGCUGAAGAUCUCUAUGAUGGACAAGUUCUCCAGAAGCUGUUUGAGAAGCUGGAGGGUGAGAAGCUGAACGUGGCCGAGGUGACCCAGUCAGAAAUCGCCCAGAAACAGAAGCUUCAGACGGUUUUAGAGCGAAUCAACGACUCUCUGAAGCUCUCCACCAGGAACAUCCGCUGGAACGUCGACUCGGUUCAUGCUAAGAGCAUCGUCGCCAUCCUCCACCUGCUGGUGGCGCUGUCGCAGCACUUCAGAGCUCCAAUCAGACUACCGGACCACGUCUCCAUCCAGGUGGUCGUCGUACAGAAGAGAGAAGGAAUCCUUCAGUCCAGACAAAUUCAAGAGGAAAUCACCGGAAACACAGAGGCUUUCUCUGGAAGACACGAGCGCGAUGCUUUCGACACUCUGUUCGACCACGCUCCGGAUAAACUGAAUGUUGUCAAAAAGACAUUGAUCACUUUUGUGAACAAACACCUGAACAAGCUCAACCUGGAGGUGUCUGAGCUGGACACACAGUUUGCAGACGGCGUCUACCUGGUGCUGCUGAUGGGGCUGCUGGAGGGAUACUUCGUGCCGCUCUACAACUUCUUCCUCACACCUGAAAACUUUGACCAAAAGGUUCACAACGUGUCCUUUUCCUUUGAGCUGAUGCAGGACGGAGGUCUGGAGAGACCAAAGCCUCGACCUGAAGAUAUCGUGAACUGCGACCUGAAGUCGACCCUUCGCGUCCUCUACAACCUCUUCUCCAGGUACAGGAACGUCGACUGAGCACCGGGUGAAUCCAAGAGGGAACACUUUAUCAAACAUGGACCACGAGCUAACGCUAAACUACGUGUUUUUAUUUUUACAUUUUUAACUGAAUGCAUGCCUCACAUUUCACUAAACUUCCUAAAAACUGUCUUUUAUUUUGAAAUUCCUGCAGACGUUUGGCUUGUAAAAUCACUGAAAACUCUACAACUAUUGAUGUUUAAAGAUAAUUCUACGAUGAUUUAACCCUUGAACAACACUUUAACUGUAUUUAUUGUACAUUUUUAUUCUCUGGUUCCAUCUUCCUGCUUCGUUCUGUCACUCAUUAAGUGCCUUUAUUUAAAUAUUCCAACGCUGUCGACUCCCAGCUCCUCAUCAUCUUAACGCUCCACAUUUCCUACUUGAAAUAUCUGACCAAAGCUCCAUAGCAUCACAGUUUUAACUCAGCUGCUUCCUGCUUUUUGUAUUUUAUAGUAUGAAAUGUUUCUCAGUCAGUUUGUGUCAUUUCAGAUCCACCGACUCUGAUUUAUUCUGUUUAUUUAUUUGUUAUUUGGGACCCGAAACUAAGUUCCGUAAAAUGUUUUGGCUGAAUUUUGAGAAUUUCAUGUUUUCAGACCUGGAAAUUUAUGUAUUUUCACCCUCAAAACCACCUAUGGAACCACUUUAAUGGUUUAAUAUCUCCAGAAAUUAAACUCCAACAGUCAGGAAAUGUGGUGAAAACUCAGACAGAAAGUUUCCAGUAGAUUAUAAAGAUUGAAUGGAUCCAGCAGAGAAGAAAUAUUUAAUUACUGGCCCUUGAAAAUGGAAGAAAAGUGAAAAAUUUCCAAUCCAGGUUGGUCUAGUGUCUCCAUAAAGUUCCUGUAAGUGUUUAUCUAUGAAUGGAUCCAUAUUUCUACUAAAACAAAGAUGACUUGAAUCUUGGACUGAAAUUGCUCAAAUUUUGUCUAAAAUGAGAUAAAAAUGACCCAAAAUGACCUCAGACUUUGACAAAAGACUUAAAAUUUGUGCAAAAUCAGAGAGAUGUUCUAAAAUGACUAAAAUUAUUUUGAAAAAUUUAGACCAUCUUUGUCUUAUUUUGAACAAAUUUGAAGUCUCUUGUCAAAGUUUGAGUCAUUUUGAAUGAGUUUGAGUCACUUUGGACCGUCUUCAUCUUAUUUUGGACCAAUUUUGAACCCUAACCCUUGAGAUUCAAGUCAUCUUUGGUGAAAUACCAACUAGAGUCAGUAAUUUUUGUUGGAAAUAUGGAUCCAUCCAUAGAUAUACACUUAAAGGAACUUUCUCUGGACAUUAAACCAACCUGGAUUGGAAAUUUUGCACGUUUUUCCAUUUUUUCCUCCUGGAACUGCUGUAAACUAUUCCGUCUGUGCCUUCACCUCAUCUCACGUCAGGAGAUUCUGAACCAUUAAAACGGCUUCACAGGUCUAAAAACAUGAAAUUCUCAAAAUUUAGUCCGAUUUUUUUUUCUCCAGAACUUAGUUUCGGGUCCCAAAUCACUCAUAAUUCAACCAAAUCUUCGCGGUGCGUCGACAUAUUUCCUGAACUGAGACAAACUGACGUCUUGUUUUGAGCUGAGGUUCAUCAGUUCUGUUUAUUGGAGACACGUUUCUGUAAAACCAAUUAAAAUUUGACAGAAUAAAUCAAAA